AUGAUAGAGAUGGCGGCGGAGAAGGAGCCGUUUCUGGUGCCGGCCCCACCGCCGCCGCUCAAAGAUGAGUCGGGCGGAGGGGGCGGCCCCACGGUGCAAUCGCACCGAGAGGCCGCCUCCGGGGAGCUCCGCGGCGGGACGCAGCGUGCGCCGGGCCCGCGCGCUCACUCGGCGGGAUCCCCAGCCUCUGGGGCCGGCAAGGAGAGCCCCGGGGCUGCAUCCACCCCUCGAGGCGGUCAGUCGCAGCAGCAGCAACGAGGGGGCGGCCCCCAGGCGCAGUCACACGGGGAGGCCUGCUUGUCGGAUCCGCACGGGCGAGCCGCUCCCCCGGACGUGGGGGAGGAGCGACGGGGAGGAGGCGGAACAGAACUGGGCCCCCCUGCUCCUCCUCGACCCCGGAAUGGCUAUCAGCCCCACCGGCCCCCUGGGGGGGGUGGGGGCAAGAGAAGAAAUAGCUGUCAUGUAGGGGGAGGUGGUGGAGGCUUCAAACAUCCGGCCUUCAAGAGACGCAGGCGGGUUAAUUCGGACUGUGACUCUGUCUUACCCUCCAACUUCCUCCUGGGGGGCAAUAUCUUUGAUCCCCUGAACCUGAAUAGUCUCCUGGAUGAGGAAGUGAGCCGUGCACUCAAUGCGGAGACCCCUAAGUCAUCCCCGCUUCCGGCCAAGGGGCGAGAUCCAGUGGAGAUCCUCAUCCCCAAAGAUAUUACAGACCCUCUCAGUCUCAAUACUUGCACUGAUGAGGCCCAAGUUGUCCUUGCUUCGCCACUCAAGACUGGUCGGAAGCGGCAUAGACACCGGGGACAGCACCACCACCAGCAGCAGCAGGCAGCGGGAGGGAAUGAUAGCCACUCCGCGCUGCCCACGGCCCCCCCCACGUCCGCACUCCACGGGGAGGGCACCACGCAGCAGCAUGGGGGCCAGAACCGGGACGCCCCCCAACCCUAUGAACUCAACACGGCCACCAACUGCAGGGACGAGGUCGUGUCUCCCCUUCCCUCUGCCCUCCAGGGUCCCUCAGGCUCCCUUUCAGCCCCUCCAGCUGCCUCAGUUACCUCUGCACCCCCGUCUUCCUCCUCACGACAUCGCAAACGACGCAGGACUUCCAGCAAGUCAGAGGCAGGGGCUCGGGGUGGAGGCCAGGGUCCCAAGGAAAAGGGCCGAGGGAGUGGGGGGGGCCGCCACCACCCCCAGCCACUACCUGCUGCAACCUUCAAAAAGCAACAGUGCAAGUUCCAGUAUGGGAAUUAUUGCAAGUACUAUGGGUACCGCAAUCCUUCCUGUGAGGAUGGGCGCCUUCGGGUAUUGAAGCCUGAGUGGUUUCGGGGUCGGGACGUCCUCGAUCUGGGCUGCAAUGUGGGCCACCUAACCCUGAGCAUUGCCUGUAAGUGGGGCCCAUCCCGCAUGGUGGGCCUGGAUAUCGAUGCGCAGCUCAUCCACUCAGCCCGCCAGAACAUCCGACACUACCUGUCUGAAGAGCUGCGUCUGCCACCCCAGACUUCUGAGGGGGGCCCAGGAGCAGAGAGUGAGGAAGGGACCGCAGCCGUCCGAAAAAGGAGCUACUUCCCAGCCUCACUGACAGCCAGCCGUGGUCCCAUUGCUGCACCCCAAGUGCCCUUGGAUGGAGCCGACACAGCGGUCUUCCCCAACAACGUUGUCUUCGUCACGGGUAACUAUGUGCUUGAUCGAGACGAACUGGUGGAGGCCCAGAAACCCGAGUAUGAUGUGGUGCUCUGCCUCAGCCUCACCAAGUGGGUACAUCUCAACUGGGGAGACGAGGGGCUGAAGCGCAUGUUUCGACGGAUUUAUCGGCACCUGCGUCCUGGGGGCAUCCUAGUCCUGGAGCCCCAGCCUUGGUCCUCCUACGGCCGGAGAAAGACUCUCACUGAAAGAAUCUACAAGAACUACUUUCGAAUUCAGCUGAAGCCAGAGCAGUUCAGUUCCUACCUGACAUCCCCAGAAGUGGGCUUCUCCAGCUAUGAGCUCGUGGCCACACCCAACAACACCUCCAGAGGCUUCCAGCGUCCUGUGUACCUGUUCCACAAGGCCCAGCCCCCCAGCCACUAA